AUGUCAGCCACCACCAAUUGGACAACCUCCAAAAAUGAUUUGAUAAAAUGGAUUAAUGAAAGCUUUAAAGUAAAUUCUUAAAUACAAUUUGAAGUUAACAAUAACAUAAUUAGAAGCACUUGGUACAGGUUGCGUAUUUUGUUAAAUUUUUGAAUACUUAUACCCUGAUUCAAUAUAAUCAAAUAAAAUAGUUUGGAAAGCCAAUACUGAAGUAGAUUAUAUCAAAAACUUUAAAACCCUCGCUGAUGCUUUCACGAAAUUAAAUAUUUCCAAAACCUUAGAUGUAAAUUUUACUUCGAAUUAUAGAUAUAAAAUCUGUCAAGAGCAAAAUAUUAAGACCUAUUAGAUUUAGCUAUAUUUCUAAAAACAAAAUAUGAUAAAUAAAUAGGCAAGAGAGAGGGAUAUGAUCCUAUUGAAUUUAGAAAAGUUGAAGAAAAAAAAAUGUUUUUGGCUUCAAAUAAAAAAUCUGUGUCUGCACUCAAAGAUAAAACUAAUCAUGAGAGCUAAAAGAUUCCCUAAUAAUCAGUGUUAGUUAAAAGAUCCUCUUCAAUGGCCUAAAGUUAGAGAAAAAAAAGAACAAGUACAGAUUAAAUCCAAAAAUCAUAACUAUCAUUAAUAACUGAAAUAGUUAAUAACACAGAAGAUGAUGAAGUCACAAAAGUUAGAAAAAUAAAAUAAUUAUUUAUCUGA